AGCCCCACUGCUCAUCAUCUCUUCUCCUCUUCCCCUCGCGGCGGCGCCGGCGGCCUCCCCGUACGUUUGCCGGCGAACCCUCUCCGCCGAGGAAUCCCUCACCGAAGCGCAGCCGCCUUGAAGGAAUCCGCAUCUCCUAGCCUUCAUCCGCCCCCGCUCUACUGGACUGGCGUGGCCGCAGACCGGAGAUCCUCCUCGAUUUCUUCUGCCGGCUAUCGCGGGUGGUGGAGGUUUUAAGGGGGCAUUGGCGAUUUCCCACUUCGCUGCAGAUUGGUGAGCGAUGGAAGUGGACACGAUCCCGGGGGAGGAUGAGCUGUCCUUCGCGGCCAACCAGGACGACGACGACGCGGAGGACGUCUCGCCAGGCAGCAGGGAGCUGGCCGCCAUGGUGGAGGCGGCAGCGGCGGCGGAGACCGUCGAGCUGGACAGGGCCGCGGCGCCGCCGCACGGGGAGGAGGACGACCGGACGCCGAGAGACGGGAUGGAGUUCAAGUCGUACGAGGAGUUGCUCAACUUCUACAAGCGCUACGCCCUGCGCACGGGGUUCGGCGUCUGCGUCAAGAAGUCAUCUUUCACCAAGGCCGGCCUCUGCCGCCGCCUCGUGCUCGUCUGCAACAAGUGGGGCAACGGCAAGGAUGACGCCUGCUACCAGGCCAGGCCGACGGCCAAGACCAACUGCCAGGCCACCGUCGUCGGGAGGCUGUGGGGGGAUGGGCUGCUGCACCUCACGGACGUCAGCCUCGAGCACAACCACGCGCUGAACCCGUCGUCGGCGCGCUUCCUGAGGUGCUACAAGACGCUGCCCAGCGGGAUGAGCAAAGAUCUGGUGGUCAGGGCUGCCAGAGGCGAGUUCUCCACCUCUGGCGACGCCGAGGUCCCCAUGUUCGAUGACUGGGGGCGUCUGAAGCUCAGGGAGGGCGAUGUUCAGGCCAUCAAUGGUUUCUUUGCGGAGAUGCAGGCCAAGCAGACAAACUUCUUCUAUCUCAUGGAUUUUUACGUAGAGGGCCAUCUGAGGAGUGUUCUUUGGGCUGAUUCAAGAUCCAGGGAAGCAUACCAGUACUUCAACGACGCUAUCUGGGUCGAUACAACCUGCUUAAGGAAUAAGUUUCACGUACCACUUGUUUUGUUUCUUGGGGUGAACCAUCAUGGUCAGCUUGUUUUGUUAGGCUGCGGUUUGCUUUCAGAUGAGAGUACAGAGAGCUUCCUAUGGUUGUUCAAGUCAUGGCUGACUUGCAUGAAGGGACGGCUUCCAAGCGCCAUAAUUACUGACGAGUCUGUGGCGAUAAAAACCGCGGUUCGUGAAGUAUUCCCAAAAGCACGCCACAGAAUAAGCGAUUGGCAUAUAUUAGGAACCAUGUCGGAAAAAUUAGAUGACUCGGUAAGAACCGAAUUGGAAACUGCAAUAUAUGAUUCCUUGAAGGAGGAUGAGUUCGAGGCAAGGUGGAAGAACACGACCGAGAGAUAUGGCCUUCAGGAUACUGAAUGGAUCAUCUUUCUGUAUGAAAAUCGACACUUGUGGGUCCCUUCCUUCCUGAAAGAUGCCUUCUGGGCUGGAUUGUCUGUUAACCACCGGGAAAGUCCAGGUGCAUUCUUUGGUGAUUCAUUGAGCCAAUUAACAACAUUGGUGACAUUCCUUAAAAGCUACACUGUUCUUGUACAGAACAAGUACAAAAUGGAGCAACAGGAUGAUUUUGAGUCAUUAAGUAGCGGCAGGGUCCUUGUAUCAAAGUAUCCUAUGGAAGAACAGCUAUCCAAAUUGUACAGCUUGAACAUGUUUGUGAAGUUCCAGGAUGAGCUAAAAUCAACCAUGGAAUGUCAAGUUCAGCUGGAUGGUUCGGCAUCUUCUUUUAUAGUUCUUGAUUUAGCUGCUGAACCAGGCGGAGGAAUGGUGAAUAAAAAGUAUGAGGUUGUUCACUGUAUGGAGACUAACCGGAUGGAGUGUAACUGUGGCCGAUUUCAGUUUUCUGGAAUUGUUUGUCGGCAUGCGUUAUCGGUGCUUAAGUGGCAGCAAGUGUACGAUAUCCCCCCUUGCUAUGUACUUAACAGGUGGCGGAGUGACUAUAAGGAGUUGCAUGCUCUGGAUAAUCCAUUGAAGGAUCUAGUGUCGAGUAAUCAUGUUGAGCGUUAUGAUCAUAUUUCUUUGCAGUGCCUCCGUCUUGUUGAGAUCGGAAUGGUUUCAGAUGACAAGUAUCAGCAUGCAUUAAAACUAAUUAGCGACAUGACAAGGACCCUUCUUGAUGAUACUUUGUGCCGUGAAGUAGAGCAGAAACUUUUACCAUCUGAACGUGCAAUUCCAAAUGUUGAUAGCCAUGCACAACCUGGUUCAUCUGAGGGGGGUCCAGCCAAAAAGCGCCGCGGCCGUCCUCCCAAGAAAAGUAAAGACUUGAGCGUGGAGUCCGUAUCAAAUCAAUAUGGAAACAAGGAUUCUUUGCUGGUAUCAUCGGCUGUAAGUCAGAAGGAUGGUUUACAUUCUUCUUCGACUGCCUCCAACCUCGGUACUCAUGUCAGGGCACAUGGUGUUGAUGAUCUUAUGGAAGAAGUUGAUCCGAAUGAGGUAUCAUUUGAGAGUGGUUAUGGGGCGGAAUCUAGCCAUCCAAAUCAUUAUGGUGACCAGCUGCAUACAGGCCAAACGUUGCAGUUUGGCGGCCAAGACAUGCCAUCAGCGGAGCAAUCGUGGGUGUACCCAAAUCCAGCUAUAUAUCAGGAUGAUCAAGUGCCUUAUGGUAGGAGGACAUCAUGAAUGCUGGAACAAGAGGUAACGAUUUCAGGUUUCAGAUCAAUUGUACAGAAGAGUUUGGAAACCCAAGGGUAGGGAGGUCAAUUAGUACCAGUCCCGAGAUGCAUUUGGUUCAGUCAUCUAACAGCAGAGGCAGCAUGAGAAUGCGGGUUCUUUCAUCUUCGUAGAAACUCGUAGAAAUGUAGUCAUGUGACAUGGCUGACCUUGAUGUUAGCAACUAGAAUGUACUAUCAUCUUUUCUUGAGGCCAUUUUUUGAACUGCUGACCAAGAUUAUUUUUUUGCCCCUGUCAUGAAAUUGAACUAGUUACUAGGACAUUCUGUUCAUUGUGCAAAUGCAAA